AUGGAAAUUUUUCACAUAGUUGAUGAUCAACAAAAGGUCAUUCAUUCUGAUUUUGAUCUUCAAGCAUUGGCUCUGUUUAGUAUGUAUAAUAAAGAAGGAACUAUGGAGUUACAUUUGUUUCCGGGAGGUGUUCAACAAGUUCGUUGUGAUUUACAGAAGUAUCACGCAGCUGCCGGUUAUGAAUUCAAGAUAUACAAGAAUGAGAAGUUGAGGAUUGGUGCAUGUUGUGCUAAUAAGAAAGAGGAGAAAUUUAACUGGCAUUUAUAUGUUGUGUAUGUUGAUGGUGUUCUAGGAAGUCCUUUUAUUAUCAAGGAACUAAAUAAUCAGCAUACUUGUGUUGGUGGAUUUGAUAACACACCACAGAUAUCGAAGAAACUAGUUAGUAGCUUGAUUAUUGAUGAAAUUAAACAAGAUCCUAAUAAGAAAACUAAGCUUAUUAUGAAACAGUUUACGAGAGAAUACGGCUUUGACAUUAGUCGUUAUUAUGCAUACUCAGGGAAGAAGCAUGCACUGAAUACUACAUGGGGAGAGAACGAGAAAUCUUUUAUGUUCUUGAACUGGUAUAAAAACAAGUUGAUUAAAACCAAUCCUGGAUCUCACGUGGUUUUGGAAGUUGAAGAAGGGAAUCAAAAAUUUCAGAGGAUGUUUAUAUGUUUUGAAACUUGUAGUCGUGGAUUCAACUUCUGUCGUCCUGCAUUAUUCGUUGAUGCGUCCCACUUGAAAAGCAAGUACCUUGGUCAUAUGAUGGCAGCAACGGGUCUAACCGGAAAUGAUGCACUUUUCCCGCAUUCUUCUUCAGUGGAAGCCAAGGAGUUGUAG